AUGCGGUGGCACCGACCUUUUUCGAAAUUUCAACUUUACCACUAUUUGACGAAUAGGAACAUCGCAGUAACGGUCUGCGAACGAAUACACUACACGCAAGACCAUAGCAAUCGACCAAUUGGUCACAAUCACCGCAAUUAUUCAACCCAGAGUCGGGGUACGGUUGAGUCACGUCAAAGUGAUGCAGCCUACAAGGAAUGGCGUCGUAAGGUUGUAGGUUGUCAGCCGUUACAAAAUCUUAAAGUUGGGCCAUAUAAACGUGGGAAGUGGUUUGUGAGCUAUAAAGAGGACCCUGGAAGCUUCAUCACUAAUAUCCUUAUCCUGUUGGUCACCGGUUACUCGAUAUUCACCAUGUUACCAGGCGAAUCGAUGAGUCUGAGACGACAAAGGAAACUACGUCAACUGUUGCUCGACAACGCUCAGAUGACUGAGGCUGAUCUCAACUAUAUAGAAAAUUACAAACUACCCGAUGAAUCUGAAGCGAUUCCAAUAACACCAACAAAUGUAAAAUAG